GUACCCGGAAAUAAAGGCGGAGUGAGAGCUCUCCAAAUUUCGUCCUCUCUAUCCGCCAGACAUACCAGACUAACUCAGACAGAGGGACGACAUGGACCCGAACACGACGAUUCUGCGAGUCAAAAGAAAAAGGGGGACCGACCCCGCAGAUGCUUUGUUGCUGGCGUGCAAACGUAUCCGCCCAGAGACGUCCCAGAGCUCAGGCGAAACGGUACCGGAGCCCAAUGAAGCCGAGGUGGAAAACUCUGUCUUCAAACUCGUGGCGACCGUAACGACACAGGAUGCUCCUGUUCAGACGCAGGUUCGACAGGCUUUGGCUCGGCCUCGCAUGGCGCAUGCGCUGCGCCCUUCUGCUGCCAGUUCACAGCGGAUAACUGGGGACCUACGGAGCACGAAGUGGAGCACCCGGAGGGAGGAACGCUACAGAAUACUCUCUAGCCACCGUACAGGGCUGUCAAAUCCAGCUGAGCAGCAAACCCCCCAGAUAGAUGCUUCUGAGGGCGUAGAGGAAACUGGGAAAGAGCAGGGCAAGUGUUGGGGUCUUGGUGAAAUCCAGGUGGUUGAUCUCAUACAUGAGGAUGUAGAGGAACAGGACAAGUCUUCUGGCAAGACGCUGUCCUCAGACCCAGAAGUGAUCUUGUGUAACAACACCAAGCUGCUGCGGGAGCGUCUGAGCAUAUCUGGAGAGAGACUGGGGGACGAGCACCGGGAGCAGGACGCUGCCUACGUCUACGAUCUUUACUACCAGGAAACGGUCGCACCAGGGUGGAUCCAGGACAUCCUGUCUGUCAGGGCCUACGCCGAUGAGGGAGAACUGGUGCCUGACCUUGUCGUUCAUGAGGAGGAGGUGUAUGAAGACGACGACGAUGAAAACGAGGAAGGCAACUGGAGGAAUGACUACCCUGAUGAGGAGAGUGACGCAGACAGUGACAGAGAGGAGCGCUAUGGUGGUUACUGGGAGGAGGAGCACUCGUACAGCCGGAGAAGCUGGCAGCGCUACCAGAGCGAGGUGCUGGGCUGCCGUGAUGACGCUGAGGAGGAGGAAGAUGAUGAUGAUGAUGAUGGAGACAAAUAUGGUUCAGAUUGAUCUGUCCCUUAACCCAGACCUAUCAGUGGAUCUCCCCAAUGCCCCCUUUCACAAAUAACACCACACUCAUAGACAUCUGUGUAGGUGAGAGUGGAGGAAAACAAAAACGGCACAUAAUGGAAACAUGCCUGAAAAUAUGUACUUCAAGAAAUCUCAUCCCAAAGUGUAGCAAUAUGUGUGUAGCACUCAUCAGAUUUUAGAAAAUUGCAAAUGAAAUUGACUGAGAAACAUCCUGUCAACACCAGUAACAAAACCCUACAUGUUCAAAAAGUUAGAUUUUUAUGUGUAUCAAAUGUGUACUAAAAAUGUCUCCCAAGUUUGUCAACCACUACUGGUUCAGGGGAAAAACAGAGAUCUUUAUCGGGUGAAAGCCAUCCCUCUCUACUACACAGAUGAUGGAGUAGGUGUUAUUUCCAGAUCCAGAGUGUUUUUUUUUUUUUUUUUAAACUGGUGAAGUGAACUUGUGUGUGGGUGUUUGUUCAAAGUGGAUGUGUGUUAGAAAUGUUGCAUAUUAGUGUUAUGUGCCUGGUAUGCUUUGUGCCAUAAACACUUAUGUUAAUGAGACGUCUUGGGCCGCGUGUGGUUGCAAUUUAGGGUGUUUGCAUUUUGUGCAUGGUAGUGUGUGUAGGUAUAAUUGUGCGUGUUAAGAUUUUUGCAUAAUGUGAAAGCGUGGUGCCUCAAUUUUUGUUGUGGGUGUGUGUGAGUUUGGGUCAGAAAUUCCCCUUUUUGAAGUUGAUUGUUUCUCUUGGAUGCUUGUUGAAUUGAACUUUUUGUAAAUAUGUAGAUGUGUAUAAAAAGAAAGCUUUCAAAAUAAACUUCAAACAUCUCAGUGUC